CCUACUGCCUGUACUUGCAGCAGCAGCCGCCGCCGAAGCUAUUCCGAUCCACAUUGCCUCGCGCCACCGUCAUAGCCGGCGGGAAGCGGGUGGGUGUCGUGACGACGACGUAGCCAUGGAAGGAAGCGGCGGCGGAAGCGGCAGCGGGGGCAGGAGCGCGAGCGCGGCGCCGCCCUGGGAUCUCGGCAUGCACUGGGCGCCCGCCGGCUCGUCGCCACCCUACCCGCAGCAGCCCUUCGUGGCGCGCCCGGGAGGCGGUGCCGCCAGUCACCACCACCGCCACCAGCAGCAGCAGGAGCUGACCUGCCUUAAGCUGGGGAAGCGGCCAUGCUGCUGGGCCGGGGCGGUGGGCACCCCGGCGGCGCAGGCCGGUGCUGCCCUGCCGCCGCAGGUCCACGGCAACGGCGCCGCCGCCGGUGGCGCGAGCGGGACGGCGGCUGAGGGCAGGAGGAAGGAGAAGGCGGGCGCGGCCACGGCGGCGGCGGGCGCGCCGCGGUGCCAGGUGGAGGGGUGCCACGCGGAGCUGGCGGGCGCCAAGGACUACCACCGGCGGCACAAGGUGUGCGCGGUGCACUCCAAGGCGCCCCGCGUCGUCGUGCUCGGCGCCGAGCAGCGCUUCUGCCAGCAGUGCAGCCGGUUCCACGCGGUGUCGGAGUUCGACGACGCGAAGCGGAGCUGCCGGCGGCGGCUGGCCGGGCACAACGAGCGGCGGCGGAAGAGCAACGCCAGCGAGGCCAUGGCCAGGGGCGCCGCGCACCCACACGCAAUGGCGCCGUUCGGCCACGGGUUCCUGCCGCCGUGCGGCCUCCCGGCGGCGUCCCCGGCUGGUGCUCUCUCUCUUCUGUCCUCAGCCAGAGGCGCGGGCGCCCCCUGGCUGGGCCCGGCGCCCUACAUCUCCGCCCGCUCCAGCGCCGCGCUCGACGAGCUCAUCGCCGAGAACCGCGCCGCGCUCCUCGCGUGGCACUUCUCGGACCGCUUGGCGCCCGGCCGGCAUCGUCUCGCCCCUCCUUCGUCCGCGGCGCACCACCCCCACAACGGCGCCGGCGCUGGCGGCGGCGGCCGGUACUACCACGCGGCGCCGGCCAGCGCGGGGCACACGACGCUGGACCUCAUGCAGACGGCUGCGGCGGCGGCCACCACCGCGGCUCCCGCCGGCGCGCCGCCGUUCCGGCCCGUGCCGGAGCGGGCCGGGGCGGCCGCGAGGCCUCCCAGGACCAAGGACAACGGCGGCGCGGCCGGGUGCAGCUCGGACGACGCGUGGGCGCCCGCGGGUGGAGGUGGAGCCCGCGCGCUGUGAUAUGCGGGCACGCUCUCGCGGGCGCGCGCGGCUUGGGCCUUUGCCCUUUGGCGGUCGCGUCCGUGCCAUCAACUCGAGGUGAUUGCGUCUCGUCGUGUGGCGGCAGGUGGUGCGGUCGGUGUGCUCGGCUCCAGUCAUGUUCCCCGAGGGGCUGGGGCGUGCAAUCCUGUGUACUCGAGCUUUGUGCAUGGUGCUAGCUAGUGUAGGUUUUGUGGUGGAAAUUUGGCAAUGGCGUCUCGAUCACUGGCUAUCUGAAGAACUGAAUUUUACAACAGCCUUUUCUUCGUUUUCUGCUAAUCACCAGUUCACCAGGAGCUACGAAAUGAUGGUGCGGCACCUUGGGUCUCCUUGUGCUAGGGACUCAGGGAGGGGAAACAAGAGAUGAAUGGUUUUGACUGGGAGAACCAAGAUCUUACACGGUACGCUGACCUGGACGCGUAGCCACCGAUAAGGAUUCAGGAGUCGCUCACAUGACUCUUAUCGCGCCGUGCCAUGGCAGAGAAGAACGGAGGGCGUAGAGCACGAACAGAGGGAUCGGACUCCAUGGUGAGCCGUGCCUGGGCUCCUUGUUCCCCAAAGCCAAAGGACGUUCAACCCAACGUACUUCAGCUAGUGGUAAUGGCGUUUGCGUUUCAUUCCUAUUUCGUAGGCGCUAUGAAGAACAUAAUGUAUUACUGCUAUUUGGUAGUAGUGAAGUCAGUUGGUCAUGCCAGUUGUUGUGCCGAAUUGAAACUGGAUGGAGCAAUGUGCUCUCCCCUGGGCGAAACUUGCAAACUUAAUAACUGACGCCGCUAUUUUUCUCUA